UUUAUUUUAAUGCUCCCUCCUUUGCUCGCAACCUGUGGACAUAGCUUCCGACUGGUGCGGCGAAGCCGGAGGCUGGUAAGCGCGCGCUCGGGUGCCGGACCCAGAGGCGCCUAGUCGCAGUCUUCAGAGGCAAGUCCCCCAUCCCGGCUCCUCGGACUGGGUCUGGACGUACUGGCGCCAGGGGCAAGAAACUAUGACAGUGCCCUUCCGCCCCCUCUCUUUUCUGUCCCCAUUAGCGCCCGUUCUUAAUUGACGAGCCAGUGACUAUUGGCUGAAGUUCCCAGCGAUUUGCAUGAACUGAGGGAGUGUCUUCCGUCACCCUCCUGUCAGGAGCGCGCAGACUGCAGCCUCCCCGGGAAUGCGCGGCGGAGGGAAUGCGCGCAGCUCGAGGGCGCUGGCGGUGAGCUGGCGCCCGGCGACCUGGCACCCGAGCCUGGAUAUGGGCCGUCUACAUCGUCCCAGGAGCAGCACCAGCCACAGGAACCUGCCGCAUCUGUUUCUGUUUUUCCUCUUCGUGGGACCCUUCAGCUGCCUCGCGAGUUACAGCCGGGCCACGGAGCUCCUGUACAGCCUAAACGAGGGACUGCCUGCGGGAGUGCUCAUUGGUAGCCUGGCAGAGGACCUGCGGCUGGUGCCCCGGGCCUCGGGGAGGCAGGACCAGCAGGCGCCAGAGCGCGCCAGCGUCCAGCGGAACCCCCCUCUCUCCUUCAGCCUGGCCUCCCGUGGACUGAGUGGCCAGUAUGUGACCCUGGACAACCGCUCCGGGGAGCUGCACACUUCUGCCCAGGAGAUUGACAGGGAGGCCCUGUGUCUGGAAGGGGGUGGAGGGGCAGCCUGGGGCGGCAGCAUCUCCAUCUCCUCCUCCCCUUCCUCUGAUUCUUGCCUUUUGCUUCUGGAUGUGCUGGUCCUCCCUCAGGAAUACUUCAGGUUUGUGAAGGUGAAAAUCGCCAUCCGGGACGUCAAUGACAAUGCCCCGCAGUUCCCCGUUUCCCAGAUCUCAGUAUGGGUCCCGGAAAAUGCACCUGUAAACACUCGUCUGGCCAUAGAGCAUCCUGCUGUGGAUCCAGAUGUAGGCACUAAUGGGGUACAGACCUACCGAUUACUGGACUACCAUGGUAUGUUCACCCUGGACGUAGAAGAGAAUGAGAAUGGGGAAUGCACCCCCUAUCUAAUCGUCAUGGGGGCUUUGGAUAGGGAGACCCAGGACCAGUAUGUGAGCAUCAUCAUAGCCGAGGAUGGUGGGUCUCCACCACUGUUGGGCAGUGCUACUCUCACCAUUGGCAUAAGUGACAUCAAUGACAAUUGCCCUCUCUUUGCAGACUCACAAAUCAAUGUCACAGUGUAUGGAAAUGCUACAGUCGGCACUCCGAUUGCAGCUGUCCAGGCUGUGGAUAGAGACUUGGGGACCAAUGCUCAAAUCACCUACUCUUACAGCCAGAAAGUUCCACAGGCAUCUAAGGAUUUAUUCCAUCUGGAUGAAACCACUGGUGUCAUUAAACUUUUCAGUAAGAUUGGGGGAAGUGUUCUGCAAACACACAAGCUCACCAUCCUUGCUAAUGGGCCAGGCUGCAUCCCGGCUGUGAUCACUGCCCUGGUGUCCAUUAUCAAAGUCAUUUUCAGACCACCUGAAAUUGUCCCUCGUUAUAUAGCAAAUGAGAUAGAUGGUGUUGUUUACCUGAAAGAGCUGGAACCUGUUAACACUCCAAUUGCUUUUUUCACCGUAAGAGAUCCAGAAGGCAAAUACAAGGUGAACUGCUACCUGGAUGGUGAAGGACCAUUUAGGCUAUCGCCCUAUAAACCAUACAAUAAUGAAUAUUUACUAGAAACCACAAAGCUUAUGGACUAUGAGCUACAGCAGUUCUAUGAAAUAGCUGUAGUGGCCUGGAACUCUGAGGGAUUUCAUGACAAAAAGAUUAUUAAAGUGCAACUUGUAGAUGACAAUGACAAUGCUCCUGUUUUCCUUCAACCCCUGAUAGAACUAACCAUUGAAGAAAACAAUGCACCCAAUGCCUUUUUGACUAAGCUGUAUGCCACAGAUGCUGACAGUGGAGAGAGAGGCCAGGUUGCAUAUUUUCUGGGACCUGAUGCUCCGUCCUACUUUUCUUUAGACAGUGCCACGGGGAUUUUGACAGUUUCUACUCAGCUAGACCGAGAAGAGAAAGAGAAGUACAGGUACACAGUCAGAGCUGUUGACUCUGGGAAACCACCCAGAGAAUCAGUAGCCACUGUUGCUCUUACAGUGUUGGAUAAAAAUGACAACAGCCCUAGGUUUAUUAACAAGGACUUCAGCUUUUUUGUGCCAGAAAACUUCCCAGGAUAUGGUGAAAUUGGAGUAAUUAGUGUAACGGAUGCUGAUGCUGGGCGAAAUGGGUGGGUGGCCCUCUCGGUGGUGAACCAAAGUGAUAUUUUUGUCAUAGACACAGGAAAGGGCAUGCUGAGAGCUAAAGUCUCUUUGGACAGAGAACAGCAAAGCUCCUAUACUUUGUAUGUUGAGGCUGUUGAUGGGGGUGAGCCUGCCCUCUCCUCUACAGCGAAAAUCACAAUUCUCCUUCUAGACAUCAAUGACAACCCUCCUCUUGUCUUAUUUCCUCAGUCUAAUAUGUCUUACCUGUUGGUUCUACCUUCUACUCUCCCUGGCUCCCCAGUUACAGAGGUCUAUGCUGUUGACAAAGACACGGGCAUGAAUGCUGUCAUAGCUUACAGCAUCAUAGGGAGAAGAGGGCCGAGGCCUGAGUCCUUUAGGAUUGACCCCCAAACUGGCAACAUUACAUUGGAAGAGGCAUUGCUGCAGACAGAUUAUGGGCUCCAUCGCUUACUGGUGAAAGUGAGUGAUCAUGGCUAUCCAGAGCCUCUCCACUCCACGGUCAUGGUGAAUCUAUUUGUCAAUGACACUGUCAGCAACGAGAGCUACAUUGAGAGUCUUUUAAGAAAGGAACCAGAAAUUAAUAUAGAGGAAAAAGAGCCACAAAUCUCAAUAGAACCAACUCAUAGAAGGGUCGAGUCUGUGUCUUGUAUGCCCACCUUGGUAGCUCUGUCUGUAAUCAGCUUGGGUUCCAUCACACUUGUAACAGGGAUGGGCAUUUACAUCUGUUUAAGGAAAAAGAAAAAGCAUCAGAGGGAAGAUGAAAAUUUGGAAGUACAAAUUCCACUGAAAGGAAAAAUUGACUUGUAUAUGAGAGAGACAAAACCGAUGGAUAUUUCUAAUAUUUGAUAUUUUGAUGUGAAUAACACAGAGAGGUGUUUUAACUGACUUUGGAUAGUCUUCACCACCUAAACAAGAGUGGUUGAUGGCAGUUCCAAUGAAGGACAGCUAAUUUAUAACUUGUACUAUAUUGUAAAUAGCUGUUUACAGGUUUUUAAAUUCAAAUUCAGAUGUUAUAAAAUGUGUACAGCAUUUUUUAAAUGAAAAAUUAGUACUAACGGCUAUAGAAGUGUUAUAAAAAGCUUGGAUAUCAUUUGCAGCUUUCAUACACCAAGCAGAUCAUUGAUAAAACCUGGGAGAAAGGUAAGACUAUGGUACAUUGAAUUUUUUGUCUAAAAAAUCUUUCAACCACAAGAGGGCACCAGGUGCCCCUUUGCUGGGAGUUGUUUGAAGUAUUGUACAUGACAGGUGUUGUACAUGAAAUUAAUGAAAGAGUAUAUUUUAAAUAUAUUGUUUUUAGCAUUUAACAAAUAUGAAAUUACAGUAAAUUUAAUUUGUCCUACUUAAAUGUAUGAUAAGAAGGAAAAGAAAUGCACUUGUAAACAGAAUGUUUAUUACUUCAUAAGUACAUCAUGUAUAGUAUGAAAGAGAAGACAUUAAAAAAAUAAUUAUUUUUGAGCAAGGAUAAAAAACAUUGCUAUGUGUUAAAGUUUCUACUUGCUGAAGAGUAUUUCACUUCCUGUGUACUGUAAUUGCUUUCAAUUAGUUUGCUUUACCAUUGUACUUGCUAUUAUUACAGGGGAAAUAUAUACUGUAUAUUCUUCCUUACAGAAGAUGUAACUAGAAAUUUUGCCCAAGAAAAACAGCCAGAAGCAAAGAAAAUAUUUCAAUCCUUAGUUGCUUCAUAGGUUUUCAUGACAUUUUGGUGUUUUCAUAGCUUGUGAGUAGCACUUUAUACUUGGGUUGCAUAUUAGAUUUUUAUAUGCUUAAGCUCAUCCAUCGCGUAAGAAAAUAAAAAUCACAUUAAAACUGAAUUAUUCUAGAAACUUGUGUAAACUAUUGGUCAUUUCAGUUGGGCAUUUUAUAUGAAAGUUACAUUUUUGUUGUCGUUGAGGUUUGUUGGCUACCAUUUCUGGCUUCCUUUCUUUGGUUUUGGAAUAAGUCCAAGAGGUUAUUUGUAAGCCCAGUAGCAUAUUUCUUUGAUAAUUUAGCUUUUACUGAAUCCUUUGCAGUGAAGAAAGCUGGUUCAUCAGUGACUGAUCACUUUCACUUCACUGUAUGAGCUGGAAAUUUAAUUUUAUAUGAGAGCUGUCGCAAACACAUCUGUAUAAACAAGGAAUGUAAGUGUCGGCUUAAAUUGGAUCAUUUUACUUUUUGCCAUGCAUCUGUACUGUACCAAAAGUGUUUAUAUGUCUGCAAAUUAAAGCUAUAUAUUUUCAUAAUUUCUUUCUCAUUUUUACCAUUUUAUAUCUGAACUUGGGAUUGUUCUUUCACUGAAGUGCCUGUUAGUGGCAUUCAUUUGCUUCUAGGGGUAAAUGUGGGUAAAUCUAAAGUAUUCUGCUAUGCUAAAGUUUAUGUUAAACUAAUUCAUGACUCAAUUAAAUAUUGAGAAAAU